UAUACUAAAACAUAAUGAAGAUGCCCCCCGCUAAUAUUAAGAAAUCCCCUUCCAUCGUAGGCAAUGCUGGUGCUCAAAAAGUGAAAAGAAAUUUGAAAAAAGAGGAAACUUCAGAUGACUUAGAAGAAUGGAAAAAAGCUAAGCAACUAUUAAAACCAAAGGAUCAAUUAGAACUAACUGAUGCAGAGCUAAAGGAAAUAAUUCCUAAACAACUUACUUCAACCAAUCCACAAAUUCCGGAAGGUCUCAUAGAAUGGAGCUACUUACAGGCAGCAUUUGUGCAGCUGCCAUCUCCAGGCAAUAUGGUCAAAGUAUUUUCUCAAGAGGGUACUUUGCUACACAAGGACUCAGAAGAGGCUCGACAGCAAAUGGUUGAAAUGGGAAUUGACCCUUCAGAAUAUUUCUCGUCUGAGGUUACCUUAGUACCAGAAGAACCUGAACCUUCCAUACAUGAACAAGAGCCGGAACCGGAAGUUGCAGAAGAAGAGGCAGCUAAAGAAGAAGACGCCGAAUCCAGAGUGACUGUCAGAGAGGAAGAAGAGGAAGAAGAAAAGGGUCCCGAGCCAGAGAAGCCAGAAGAACCCGAAGAAGCCGACGAAGAUGAAGGGGAAAUAGCUAUUGAAAAGAAAGCCCCGCCAAAAACUGGGGGGAAACCCAGAAAACUGACAAAUCAAUUCAAUUUUUGUGAAAGAGCUGCGUUAACUUAUAACAAUCCUACCAGGUCUCAAGAAACGCAAACGACACCACCUCCCAUGGCUUCGUUUUCUGCCAAUGUGCUUCAGUGGGUAAUUUACGACGCGUACCAAGCAGAUUACGAAGUACAAGAACAAGAAAGAGAACGGGAACGUAGAGAAAAAAUGGGUCUACCACCGAAAGUGGUCGUAAAGAAAACUCCUCAACAACUUGUAGAUGACAUGCAAGGUAGAUUGUUCGAAGCAACGAAGGUGCUUGAGAGGAUGAUUAAUCAGAAUACGUACAACGAAAUGGCUAAAGGGAUGAGAGAAAGGUGCGACGAAAUGGAGGAUGUAAUAUCUAAACACGACAAAAAACUGAAAGAAAUGUGUAAUAUAUUUAAAAAACGAGUUUCCCCUGUAUUUGUUGACACUAAUCACAAAAUUAUUGUAAAUGAGCAAGAAAUAAGAAAGAAUGCAGAGUUGUUUGAAGAUGACAGGAAUAAUAUUGCCGAAUUCUACCAAAACUGUACUGAAGGCCCAGAAAUCAUGAAAUGCGAAGUAGAACAUGCUAUAAAUAAUGCUAAAAUUAGAAAAGCUUGUGGUCCACCAACUGAGUUGCUAAAACUAAUAUAG